AUGGAACCCAAUUUCUUGCAACGUUCGGCGGAGGUGCUGGUCGAUCAAUUGACCGAGCGAAUCGAUGACUCGCAUGGAUUAGGCUUCAUGAGCCCCGCGGUCUAUGAUACCGCAUGGGUAUCGAUGAUCCAGAAGCCCGUAGACGACCAUAUGGCGUGGUUGUUUCCCGAGUCCUUUGAAUAUAUCCUGUCAAACCAAUUGGAGGAUGGAAGUUGGAUCAUGUACGCUUCCCAGAUCGAUGGGAUCCUUAACACUUCGGCGUCCUUGUUGUCACUGAAACGGCAUUUCACUUCGCCGCUUCAAAUCAGUACCAUCUCUCAGGAAAGUCUCGCGGGGCGCAUUGAUCGGGCCACAAGAGCCUUGAAUGCCAUACUCGACGGAUGGGAUGUCGACGCCACGGUACAUGUUGGGUUCGAGAUCCUCGUCCCGGCGCUGCUCGGAUAUCUGGAGAUCGAAGGCAUUGUGUUUUCUUUUCCAGGUCGCGAUCGUCUCUUUGCGGUCCGCGACCAGAAACUGGCUCGGUUCAAGCCCGACCUUCUCUAUAUGCCUGUCCAAACCACGGCCUUGCAUUCAUUGGAGGCAUUCAUCGGGUUGAUUGAAUUUGACCGUGUUCGUCAUCAUAAGGUCAACGGCUCUUUCAUGGCUUCACCAUCUUCCACGUCAGCUGUGCUCAUGAAUGCCUCCGAAUGGGAUGACGAGUGCGAGGAAUACCUUCACCAUGUCAUCCAGUCCGCGUCAGGAAACCGCUCUGGAGGUGUACCCAGCGCGUUUCCUUCCACUACCUUUGAAAUUACCUGGACACUCUCAACACUGAUCAAGAACGGAUUUGAUCUCGAUCCGAAAUUACUACCAUCAAUCCAGAAAGCCCAAACAUACCUGCACAAUGCUCUCGUCAUGGAAAAAGGAACUGUGGGAUUUACACCACAUGUUUGCGCCGAUGCAGAUGAUACCUCCAAAGCCAUUCUCGUGCUCCAACUGCUACAACAGCAUGUAUCGCUGGAACCGAUGCUGAAAGCCUUUGAAGCAGACCUCCAUUUCAAGACGUAUCCUCACGAGCGCGACCCCAGCUUCUCGGCCAACUGCAAUGUCCUACUGGCAUUGCUCUAUGCGGAAAAUGUCUCCCAGUAUGCGCCUCAGAUCGAAAAGGCGACCCGGUUCCUAUAUAUGCACUUCCGGGAAACCGACUUGAAAGUCCGUGAUAAAUGGAACCUGUCGCCAUUCUACUCUUGGAUGCUCAUGACCGAGGCUAUUGCCCGCCUGCACCUGCUAUUCCAGAGUUCUAAAUUACUGUUUCUGAAAGAGCUUUUCGAGAAAGACCUCGUCGAUCUGCUGCGUGACAUGACAGUUUCAGUCCUGCGCCAACAGAACCAAACCGGCUCGUGGGGCUUUAGAAAUUCCAAGGAAGAAGCGGCAUAUGCGGUACUCAUCCUCACAUACGCGGUGGACUUUGAGUUCUCCGAGAUACCUCGUCACUUGAUCCGAAGAGCAAUCCACGACGGCUGCUCUUUCCUCCGUUCAAAUGCCGUUCUUGGCUCGGGGCAUCUCUGGGUGGAGAAAGUCACAUAUGAAUCGGAAAUGUUGUCACAGGCCUACACCUUGGCUGCGUUGAAGAAGGCGGCAGAUUCACCACCGGAAGCACAACAGAAACCGGAAGGUGUCUUCACAAAUUCGGCAAAUGGACAUAGUGCCGAGCUCACUGAAAUCGUAAGCAAAGGCACAAACGGAGCAUCCUGCGUCGAAACAAAUGGUACCGAAACGAAGUCUCUCGACGUGCUGCCCACACCCACAGUCGAGCUUCAUGGUCCCCAUCAGAAUGGACAUGUCCAUACGAAGAGUACAAAGCUCAUAUCGGCUUAUUCCAAUGGUGCCUCAAAUCAUUCCUACCAGUGCGAAUGGACAGACGACCAGGAGCAAAUCCUGUUGGGGCCAUUUGACUAUCUCGAAAGCUUACCGGGGAAGAACAUACGAUCGCAAUUCAUUCAAGCCUUUAAUUCCUGGCUCCAAGUUCCCACAGAACACCUGGAAGUUGUCGAAAAGGCGAUUUCCAUGCUGCACACUGCAUCGCUCCUCGUCGACGAUAUCGAGGACAGUUCGCUCCUUCGACGAGGGCAGCCGGUAGCACACAGUAUCUUCGGCACGGCACAAACCUUCAACUCUGGCAAUUAUGUCUACUUCCUUGCGCUUCGGGAGAUCCAUAAACUGCGAAGCCCACGUGCGAUUGAGAUCUACAUCGACGCUUUGAUCCAUCUGCACCGUGGUCAAGGCAUGGAUGUGUUCUGGCGCGAUUCGCUCAUUUGUCCCACAGAAGAGGAUUAUCUGGAUAUGGUCAGCAACAAAACUGGGGCGCUUUUCUGCCUCGCCAUCGAACUGCUGCAGAUCGGUAGCACUGUCCAAGUUAACUUGGUCCCGUUAGUCCGACUAUUUGGCAUUAUCUUCCAGAUUUGCGACGAUUAUCUUAACCUGAAGUCGCCAAGCUAUUUGCAGAAGAAGGGCCUAUGUGAAGAUCUGACCGAGGGGAAAUUCUCUUUCCCUAUAGUCCACAGCAUUCGCUCAAACCCCACCAAUCGGCGACUGAUAAAUAUCCUGAAACAGAAACCCCGGGAUGAUGAUAUCAAACGAUAUGCGCUUGCCUACAUGGAGUCUACGGAUACCUUUGAGUAUACCCGGGACUUUGUUGGCAGCCUGAAGGCUGAAGCCUUAGAAAUGAUAGAAGAUUUAGAGAAGCAGGGACUGGGAGAGAAUUUUGCGAUUCGAAAGCUCUUGGCUCGUCUGUCGGUAGAUGGGUGA